GGGAAUUUGGAAAUAACGGUUAUUAACCACUCCAGAAAAAGUAAAACAACAAUAAAAAACGGAUGAAAUCAAAUAAAUCACAAUGGCCUGAGCCUGACGGACCACUUUCUAACUAAUCAGCUUAUCUUUCUUCCUCCAAUAUGGCCACCGUUUCUGGAGCUUCCCCACACCGAGACUCUCAAUCGGGUGCCGUGUCACCCGACACGCCUUACGACCGCCCCGGGUUUCUCAAUUCAGCCCUGCAAAAUCAUAAUUGGAUCUCCAGGAACAUUUUUCCUCCCACUCGCUCCAUUGUUACUGGUGCCGGCCGAGUGCUCGCCUCUGUUCUUGGCUUUGAAUCCUCCUCCUCUUCUUCAUCUUCGGAAUGCGGUUCUUGUUCAGAUGACACUCAUGACAACAAUGAUGACCAGGAAGUUUCAUCUCAAGGGGUUCAUGCAAUUGAAUAUAGAGUGCCCCAAUCUUUUGCAGGAAAGACUGAAUCCAAGUGUCUAAUAGAGCAGCUUCUCAUGGAGGAGUCUUUCUCGAGGCAAGAGUGUGAUAAACUAACAGAUAUUAUCAAGUCAAGAGUUGUGGAUUCUCCAUCAAUCUGUGGCUUGGGGCUUGGGCGACUAGGUGAAACACCUGAGAGAACAGCUGUUUUGGAGGCAACAAAGUUGUUGGAGGAGAAGAAGUCAGGAUCAAAUGAUAAGUCAGAAGGGCACCAUGGGACCGCUGCUCUGAAUUCCGUUAUGCUGAAACAUGAUGUUGAACGUGAAGUGGGAUUACCUGUGGACUUGGCCAAGUCAUACAAGCAAACUUGUCCUCCAUGGGCAUCACCUUCUAAGAACAAUACUGAAUUUAGAUCUCCAUCAUCAGUUGUGAUGUCACUUUUCAAGGAAGACACACCAUAUUCAAUUGGGAGCAAUUUCCUGUACUCAUCCAAGCGGAAAAGAAAUUCUCUUGCCACCGGCUCAUGGAACAUCCAAGAUGAAAUACGAAAAGUGAGAUUUAAAGCAACGGAAGAAAUGCUGAGGAAUCUGUCGUCCUCAAAAAUUGAUUGGCCUUCAAUUCCAUUAGAACAUAAGAAGGGUCCUGAUUCUAUAGCUGCCAAUAACUUAGGACCUGCUAGGGAAGACAAGGUACAGAUCUCUAAAAGGCCGGUGGAUGUGUCUAUAGACCUUGCUGCAAAAUCAGUUCCACAGCUUACAAAAGAUUUAUUUCAUAUUGAUGCUUUACAAGACCAGGUUAUGCAACCCACUCAAAGCAUUAAGGAGGAAAAAGAUGAGACAUUAGAAGUGGGACCAAUACUUCAAUCAACAGUAUAUGUGAAGACUGAAACACAUAGUGAUGUUGAUGCUCCCGAGGCCUAUCAUUUAAAGGAAUCCAACGGGUCUAUCCAACCAUUUAGCUGUACUAGGGAAGGAACUGCUCAGGAUUCACAAGUAGAAGAAAAAAACUGUUGGAAAUUAAACGAAGUUGCUGGAAUACGCAGCCCCACCAGGUUCCCUUCAGGAUCCAAUAUGUCUUCUGAAGUGGAUAAAGAGAAAAAUCAUGGACCAAUUAUUAGCGAGGAAAACAAGGCAGGUGCAUGCAGAGAUGAGAAUAGGUAUAGAGUUGUGGCAGAGGAGAAGCGUGAGCUUUUGUGUGAGGCUCCUACGGUAAAUGAAACCGAUGCUGCUGACUCUGGUUCCCACCGCAGUUGGAGCAUGCAGAAUGAAGGUUCACCACAAGACCAGAAUACACCAACAUCAAAAGCCAGUUCGACAGGCAAACGUGACUUUACUAUAGAGCAGCAGCAACAGAGAGAGAAAGUGAGCAGAUACAACAUGCGAAACAGAGGACCGCACAGAUGAGUUAACUGUAAAAUGACCUGUGUAAACUAUAGCCGAGGCAAAAGAUAACGGCAUGACAGAGAGAACAUUCGUAAGCGAUAGUAAAAUUCACAAAUGAUAUCAGAGCUGU